GUUUCCAGCGAUCAGCUGCUGCUGGGCCAGCGACAACACUGACACACCAAACUCAUAGUUUUUAUCUUAUGCAUUGCUUGUCCUCAGUGUAUGUAUUAUAGGAUCGAUUAUACUACAGUUGUGGGCAGAUAGGUUGAUUCGGCUUGUGUUUCUGUCACGUAGCGCCACUGUCGUGCCUGGUGUUAGAGAUUAGCAGGGCGGAGAGCUGCUUUCUAUCCGCUUGGCUUUUGGUGUUAACUGUAACACGUGGUGUCGUCAUUACGUGCUUCUUCACCUUUCUGCCGUAACAUGAGACUAUGGAGGAGCGCAAGCUAAAGAGAAAGAGCCCCAGGACCUCCAGCAGCACGGCGGCUCCCACCGGCGGCUCUGGCCGGAAGACCAGCUCCUCCUCCGGGGGAAGGCAGGCGGGUUUCAGCCACAACCCCGGGACUCACGGGGCGCACUCCGGCCAGAAGAGCAAGUACAAGAGGGGAGUCAGAGAUAAGCACAAGUAUCACGGCUUGGGCGGUAAAGCCACCCAGAACCAGAACCAGGGCCAGGGCCAGGGCCAGGCAGCACCCAUCGUCCAGCACUCAUUUCUGACGGAUGUGUCAGAUGUGCAGGAGAUGGAGAAUGGCCUGCUCAGUCUCCUCAACGACUUCCACUCAGGGAAACUUCAGGCAUUUGGCAAUGAGUGCUCCAUUGACCAGAUGGAGCACGUGAGAGAGAUGCAAGAGAAGCUUGCACGCUUGCACUUUGACCUCUACGGUGAGGUGGACGAAAUGCCGGAAGACCAGAAGAAAAUGGCCAGUGAUUCCAACAUGGACAAGUUGCUUUUUAAUCUUGAGGAGCUGAGUUCCUCCAUUCAGAAACUGAAUCUCGCCGACACUCAAGAAAUCCCGAGGACAUCCAGCAUGUGAUUUAUUUUUUUUUUCUUUUUU